AUGCCAAAUGCACGAGGUCUAGUCCUUGGUCUCUGCGCUUGUAUGUUCGGUGCUGGUGCGAUAGUUUUGACUCCCAUACAAACAGUCCUGAUCAACCCCACCAACAUAAAACCGAACAACGUUAGUCACCUUUUCGAGGAUGAAGCUUUACUCUUUCGUGUGCCCCCUUCCAUCCUUACCCUUGGAGCGAUUCUGGGCAGUCUGCAGCUCAUCGGAUGGAUCUGUGUGAAGGUGCCUAGUGAAAAUCUGGUUUCAGCAGAGGACGAGGUCCUGAAUGAAGUAGGCGAAAUCGAAAACUACCCACCGCUAAAGGUAUUGCGGACGGCGGAUUUCUAUGUCCUGUGGCUCACCAUGCUCUGUGGAAUUUUCCCUGUGAUUAUGAUAAUGUCGCUGUACAAGACCCUCCUUGCAGUCGUGUACGCUCUCUGGUCUUUGCUCUUCCUCAUCCUGCCUUUUUCUCCCCACAUCCCGAACGUGGGGAUGUACUUAUUCGCAAUCCUUGUCAUCCUCCUUUUCAUUUGUAUUGCCGGCCUAUUUGUCCUCACUCCUUACGCGGCGCGUAAGCUCUUCGGCCAGGAGUACUUCGCCGCCAACUUUGGUCUCAUCUUCUCUGCCGUGUUGCCAGGGGCGAUGGUGGGUUCUGCGAUCUCAGUCACGGCGAAUGUCCACCAUCACGUCGUUCACCUAUGCCUUGGUUGUGCUGCUUCGUGCUUCGCUGGCUUUGUUGCAGCUCUAACCUUACCCAGUGGUCAAAGAAACGGUCCCAGAGCGCUCUCAUCCCUCUUCUGUCACAAGAAGCCACGAGGCACCGAAACAUCUCAAAGCGUGGGCGUGCAGUCACCGCAGUUGUAG